AUGGCCAACCCCAGAGUCGAGGAGCUCCCGGACGACGAGACCCAGCGUCCUACCGUCGAGGAGCAGGAGGACAGCAGCGAUGAGUCCGAUGCUGAGGAGGGCAACCUGCCCGCCGGCUCGACCGCCGUCGUCCACUCCCGCAACGAGAAGAAGGCUCGCAAGGCCAUCGAGAAGCUGCACCUCACCCGCGUGCCCGGCAUCACCCGCGUGACCCUCCGCCGCCCCAAGAACAUCCUCUUCGUCAUCAACAACCCCGAGGUCUACAAGUCUCCCAACAGCAACACCUACAUUGUCUUCGGUGAGGCCAAGAUCGAGGACGUCAACGCCACUGCCCAGCAGGCUGCCGCCCAGCAGCUCGCCGCCGCCGGUGCCGAGGGCGACCACGCCGGCCACAACCACGGCGAGUCCAGCAAGGCCGUCGAGGGCGCCGAGGCCAAGAAGGAGGAGGAGGAGGAUGACGGCGAGGAGGUGGAUGCCGAGGGCCUCGAGGACAAGGACAUUGAGCUGGUCAUGACCCAGGCUAACGUCAGCCGCAAAAAGGCCAUCAAGGCGCUGAAGGAGAACGACAAUGAUAUUGUCAACUCCAUCAUGGCUUUGAGUAUUUAA